UCGAAUCAUUCAUUCAUUCAUUCGUAAUAACUCGUCAUUAAAACAAAUUAGGAUUUUGGAGAUAGAUCUUCUCGGGGGUUUCAUGGCGCCGACGAUCACUUCGGAUUUGGUUAAGACCACCUGCGCUCAUUGUGAGAGAGAAAUUCCAACUUCAAACAUUGAUUUACACUAUGUGCAUUGUUCCCGCAAUCUUCAGAAGUGUACUAUUUGUGGUGAUAUGGUCCCCACAAAGCUUGCUGAUGAGCAUUACCGUGAAAGUCAUGCUCCGAUAGAUUGUUCACUUUGUGGUGAAGCCAUAGAACGUGAAGCAUGGACAGUUCACAAAGGUGAAAGAUGUCAACAGAGAAUGGUUACUUGUGAAUAUUGCGAGUUUCCAUUGCCUGCUGUGGACCUUUUAAAUCAUCAGGAAAUAUGUGGGAACCGGACAGAAUAUUGUCAGAUUUGUAACAAGUAUGUAAGGUUGCGUGAGCAGAUUGCUCAUGAAAAUCAGUUUCAUAGCAAUUGGAAUGGUACAGCUGAAUCUUCCAGCGACGCACAACCGAUUGAAAGAGAAGAAGAUGCUCAUAGAAGGCAACCGCAAAAUUCUCCGAAGAGACAAAUAUUAUUUACAAUCGCUGUAACAGGAAUCGCCGUUCUCAUAGGAUCUAUUUUCCUUCAGCAAGGUAAAGAGCCUGAACAGUAACAAUGGUAGUAGUACCAGCUGUGUUAUCUCAAACAAUACUCUGAAAUUUAUGGAUUCUAUUCAUCACCUAACUAAGGUGAUACAUGAACCUUAUUUUCUCAUGUAAAACAAACUAAUGACAUUGAACUCUUUCUUUAUUCACUUAUAAUGAAGUCCCCCUGUUAUGGAAUUCUUAAAAA